UUAAUGGAGCUGGAUAUCACUACAAUUGGAUCGUUAUUUAUUUAAAUAGGUUUAAAUGUUCUUCUUUCACACAAUUUCCAAAAAUGUUGCCCAUUUUCGUUAUUUUACAGAAUGCCAUCCUGUAUUGUCAAAUCAUGUUAUAACGGCUGGAAAAAGGACAAUGACAUCACUCCGCGCUGAUUCCCCAAAAAUAAAGAAAUCAUAAAAUCAUGGUUGCGCCAAAUUCCCCAAGACUUCUGUGAUAAUGAUGACUUUGCCCAGAAGGUUCUAGAUGGGGAAAAAAAAUUUGUAUAGAAUUUGUUGAAGGCAUUUCUCCCCACAGACUUACAUUAAUUGUGAAUUUAGAAGGAGUCUCAGGAAGGGUACUGUGCCAACAAUAUUUGGGGGCAUGCCUUCAGAUGUCUCACGCCCUCAAAAGAGAGCAUGUGCGGAAAACAUGGGUGAGAGCUCAGAAAAGAGAGAGAAGAUUUCCAGCGGGGUGGAUAGUGACUAUUCCCUGAAUAAGACGAACAACUGGACCAAGACUGAUCCGAAUAUUCCGAUCACAUGCUCCAGUGAGAGUUGACGUCCUACGAAGGUGAAGAAGCGCAGGCUUUAAAAGUGAGUGGAAUAUGGCACAUACAAGGAAAAGAGCUUCUAAAGAGAAAUCUUUAAUAGCAUCAAAUGAAUGGAAGAAGUCUAAACCUAGUGAUUCCUCAUUGACGGUGUACUCGGUCUCUUCUGGUGGCUCGGGUCCCUAUGAGGACCAUCUAUGCAAGGUUAAGCAGGAAACCAUAAAUAAUGGAGAGUAUAAAAGGUCUGGUGAAACCAAAAUAGAUUCUAGUUUGACCAAUGGAAACUGUAUCGUUGCAGAAAGUUCCACUUUUGGUAAUGAGACCUUAGAAGAUGAUAAGUCAACUGUCUUCAAAAAAGCGAUUGAUAAUUAUUUUGGUAAUAAGACAUUAGAAGAUGAUAAGUCAACUGUCUUCAAAAAAGCUAUUGAUAAUUAUUUUGGUAAUAAGACAUUAGAAGAUGAUAAGUCAACUGUCUUCAAAAAAGCUAUUGAUAAUUCUAAAGAAAAUCUGGUGGAAACUGAUUUAUUGACUGACCGGAACAGUAUACUCAGUCAGUCUGUACUCAACUCAACAACUGUAAAGGAAGAAGAAAAUGUUCCUGAAGAAAAAUCUGAAAAGUCCCAAAGUACAAUACUAUCACAAACCAAGCAGUCAAAGUCAUAUACUUGUGUAUGUGGCAAAAGCUACAGCAGGAACUCCAAUCUCAAUAGACACCUGAAGGCUCACAUAGGACAUGAAAAGACAAGCAGUAGUCGUGAUGGAGGACCUUCUAAAAUGAAGACCCCGAUCGAAAAGUCUUUUCCAUGCAUCUGUGGGAAGAGCUUUACCAUCAGUUCUCAUCUAAACAGACAUCUGAAGACGUGCCAAGUGGGUACAGAGACUAAAAUCGAGCCUGGUGCAGACGUAAGUCCAUUGAAGGAUUAUGUAUGUGCUUGUGGUAAGAGGUAUACAUGCAGCUCUCAUCUUUACAGACAUCAGAAAUCUCACGUAGAUGGAAAUAAAGAAAGUGCUAGUCCUUAUUUAUGUCACUGUGGGAAGAUGUUCAGCUGUAGGUCCCAUCUGAACCGCCACCAGAGAAUCCACGCCAAGAAGGAACAGAUUGAGGAACAUGGAGGUGACUCUGUAGAAGAUACAGAGACAGAAGUCCCAGGGGGGAUAAAACCUUAUGUUUGUCAUUGUGGGAAAAGCUACACUUCUAGUUCUCAUCUCUACCGACACCAAAGGACUCACCAAGACGGGAACGUCCCGGCAAGUACGAGGAAUCGGGCUGGCGAAAGUAAAAUCGAAAAACCUUACAAAUGUGCGUGUGGUAAAAGUUACACGUGCACAUCACACCUCUACAGACACCAGAGAACAACACACAAGGCACAAGAGCUUAUCGUGGACAACCUGGAGUAUGACAGCGAUGUCCAAGAUGAGGAGCCUUAUGUAAAGCCUUACCAGUGCGAAUGCGGGAAAAGUUUCAUAUUAUUGUUUUCUCUUAUGGUGCAUAAAAAGAUCCAUUGUAAAGUGAAGCUUCAGUCCUCGUCCGCCUCUUAGAAGGGCUGUUCUUAAAGGGGCUUUCGAGAGGCUUUCGAGGGGCUUUCGAGAGGCGGGGGGUCGGCCACGCCCCUUGUGAUGUCAU